CCUGUCGGGUCUGCAUCAUGGAGAACAUCAGCAACAUGUCCCCGCCCAUGACUGCAGACGAGCUGUACGAAGACUUCGCUCCCAACAUGACCGACUUCUUCUAUCAAGACUCUGAUGGCGAAGUCCUCUGGGCAAAGAUCUUCCUGUGCACGGUGUACUCCAUCACCAUGCUGACCUGUGGAGUCGGGAAUCUCCUGCUCAUGGUCGUCAUCGCCAAGUACAAGGAGAUGCGGACCAUCACCAACGCUCUGGUGGCCAACCUGGCGCUGUCAGACUUCUUGGUGGCUGUGUUCUGCGUGCCGUUUAUACUAGACUACCACAUCGUCAGGCCUAACCGGCCGUGGACGUACGGCGACGUCACCUGCGCUGUCGUCAACUACGCCAGGAUGUCGUCUCUCUAUGUCUCCACCAACGCACUGCUGGUCAUUGCCGUCGACAGGUACGUGGUGAUCAUGAUGCCGCACAUCCCGCGGAUGAGUCGCGCCGUGGCCACGUGUGUGGUGCUGGCGGUGUGGGUGUGCUCCAUGCUGGUGGCCAUCCCCACAGCUGUGUACUCACGUGCGCUGUACUAUGUGGACUUCCACGGCACCUUCUGUGGGCUCGUCUGGCCUAUCGGACAUCAAGUCAGAUACAAAGCUUACUACGUGGCUGUUCUCCUGUUGGAGUUCAUCAUCCCGGUCCUGAUUAUGUCGUUCUGUUACAUCCGGAUAGCACGGCGUAUAUGGUACCGCACCGUCCCCGGGCAGCAGACCGAGUCUCAGCAGGCCGCCAUGCUCAAGUCCAAGAAACGGAACGUCCGACUUCUCAUUGUCAUUCUGGUAAGGACUAAGAGGAUUCAGGACUUUCUAAGGAUAAGCUCAAACCCUUAA